AUGACGAGCUCGAGGCGAACGAGGGCGCUCUGGGCGCUCGGGCGCGGCGUCGCGUUGGGAUGCGCGUUGGCCCUGUUGCGAGUCGACAUCGAGCGGUUGGAUCCGAGAAAGGGGGCGUAUUUGUCGAGUGGGGACGUCGCGGUGCUGGGAGCUCCGUCGGAGACGCAGGAGGUGUCGGGGGAGGAGUUGAAGGCGUUGGACGCGCGCGUAGAGCGGGAGUUUGACGAGUACAAGCGGACGCGGGUCGAUGACGACGCGACGGUCGAUGACGACGCUGACGGUGAUGCGGUGGAAGAGCGCGCGGUAGAGGCUGUUGAGAAUGAGGUCGAAGACGCGCGCACUCCUGAGGAAGAGACGAAGACUUUAGAGACGAUCACGGAGACGCCCGUGAAGACAAAACUUUCAGAUGACGUGGAGAUUAUGGAGAAUGUCACACAGAGUCCUUCGACGGUUCCGUCGACGAAGGACGACGACACGUUGACGCGAAACCCGAUCAAGAGAGCAGUGUCGAGUGCUCCAUCGUUCCUCGAGCCUUUCGCGCUUCGUUCGAUAGAGGCGGAACGAUCGAACGCUUUCACGACUGAGGACCCGCGAAGGAAUAGGUGCGAUCCGAAAGAGACUGAUCAGACGCUCUGGGGCGCGCCGAGAGCGCUGGAUUUCGUCGUCCCUCUCGAAGCCGAGGCUUGGCCGCAAAAUUGUAAAGGUCGCGAGUCCCUGUGCGACGUUUUGAGACGCGUUGCCGUGAAUAGAGAAGUUUUAGCCGCCGUGGCGAACUCGGCUGCGCCUGGUCUGGACACAUUUCUGGACACAGUCAUGUCUCUGAAGAUGAAGAAUUUUCUCAUCAUAGCUCUGGACGAACCGCUCACGAAACGGCUGGACAAGUUGGGUGUUUCGUACUACUUUCACGCAGAUCCCGUGAUGGGUAAUCACAAGGUGAGCGCGAAAAAGUUUGCGCUGAUCCAAGAGUUUGUCUCCGUGGGAUGUUCCGUGCUUCUCACAGACACAGACGUCACGUACCAACAGAGUCCGUUCCCAUACUUGUAUCGAGAUAGCGACGUGGAGAGCAUGAGCGAUGGUUUCGACAACGAUUCCGCAAACGGGUUUUUACAAACGGUCGACGACGGUUCUCUCGGUCAAGCUCGACACAGAGCAUCGACUUUCAGAGUCGGCGCGCUGAACAGCGGGAUGUGGUACGUGAGCGCGACGCACGCAAGCUUGCGAUUAAUGAAAAUUAUGGCCCAUCGCAUGGCGACCGAGGAUUUGUGGGACCAGAGUGGAUAUAACCUCGAGUUGUGGUUCGCGAGCCGCGAUGCACACAUGACCUCUGGAGCCACGAUUCGAAUCAUGGACCCGUUCUGCUUCAUGAAUAGCAAGGUCAUGUUCAGGAUUGUUCGUCACACUGCGUCGUUACAACGAGAGAAACACACGCCGGUGGCGAUGCACGCCAACUACCACACCGACAAGGAGCACAAGAUACAGCUCGUGCAUGAAUACUACACCAACAAAGCGCCGAUAUCGACGCUCGAAUGUGACGUUGGAUGUGCGAGCGGUUUGAAGAGUAUCGUGGAGCUCGAAGCGGCUCACAUGAGCAACAUCAACGACGGCUUCAUCGGAAGCAAGAACUGGAAGCUAGGUAAAGAGGCUGCGUCGUCUUGUAAGCCGAAGAGGGCAUGGGAUGGAAAAAUAGACGGUCUCAAUCGAACUUUGCAUCUCAUUCGAGCGAAAGAUCGCGUGUGCACUGGGAAUGUAAACAUGAAGAAGACUGCGCAAAAAAUUUGUGACGUUCUCAACUCAAAGUUGGAAGUGGGUGAACAAGAGGAUGUCAUCCUCGUCGUGGCUGAUUCGCAGGACGCCGGAGCUUUGGAACUAUUGCUUGAACGUGGUAUCAAAAAGCAUGGACUGGGCAAACGCACCGUUGUUGUCUCUGAUGAUUCAGAAAUCACCAAAAUCAGUGAGGCUGCUGGUGUCGCAACGGUUCAAAAAUCGUCAAAGAAACUCUCAAAGGCGGCUCUCAAGUGGUACACCAUUCACACAAUUCUUCGUGACGGACGGGGCCUCGUGUUCGCCGACCCAAGUGUCGUUUUAAUCAGUGAUCCAUCGAAUUUCUUUUACAGAGAUUCCGAUAUAGAGACCGCAAGCGACGGUUGGGACGAUAUGUCUGCCUACGGAUACGAUCAUGUCGUCGACGAUCCAUCGAUGGACUGGAGCCGCUUCCUGCACGGAGGUCGUGUGGCAAGUUCGGACGCCGGUUUCUUCAGGAUUACGCCAACGCAUGAGUCUAUUUCUCUGGCCGAACGGCUCAUGACUCGGUUGACCGCAGCAGGAGAAGAUCCCGUGAAGAAUGGUGAACAAGACGUCUUCAACGCGGCUUUGUUUUAUCCAUCAUACGGAGACUUCACAUCCGUAGGAGUCAUGCGACGAACGCUCAAUUACCUGUGUUUCGCCAACUCAAAGACAGUUUUUCUCUUCAUGCGUAAGGACAAAACGAUCAAGACGAUCCCGAUGGUGAUUGAUUUCAGCUAUCACCCACGAGAAGUCGAACGCAUGCGAGACACGUACGAGUACUACGGCGCGCUCGCAAGCCAAGACACUAGCGCGCUCAAAACGAUAGAACCGAAGUUCUUGAAGUGGUCUAUCGCCGGUCGUGCCGGACGCGACGAAGGAGACACCACGAAACUGUGCCAAGUGAAGGUAACACCACCGACGAAGAGUGAAAUCGACGCGCACGAACUGGCGUCAAGUCUCGUCAAAGGACGCGAAUGGUCAUGGGCCGGUAACAAACCGAUGAAAUUUUUAGGUGGUGGUGAGCUCGAGACUCCGUGGGGCAAAGGAGCCUGGUCGUUAGUGAAAUCUGGUGAUGCAACACUAGAUGAUAGGGCAGUAUGGGCCGACUUUGUCGGCGCUCAUCAUCUUCUGAAGUUUGAGACCCCACAGGGAGGCGCGAAGAACUCGAUGUUUAUCUCUGAGAGGUGCGGCGACGGUACGCUCAUCGUUGGGCGCGAGGUGUUGAAGAAUAGCAUGUAA